AUGAGUAUCGAAGAACAAGCUCCGAUGACUGAGCAACUGUCGAAGACAACAUCGAAUCUGGAUCAAGAAUCAUUACUGGCACUUGUUUCCGUACGCCCUCCUACUCCAGAUAAAUGUGCAGUAUGCUUAAACAACAAACAAAAUGACAUUAUCGCUCGCAUAGAUUCAUGUUCACAUACGUUUUGUUUUCCUUGUGUAUUGGAAUGGUCUAAAGUACGCGCAAUAUGUCCUUUAUGCAAACAACCGUUCACCGUGAUCACACGGGAACGUUAUUCCGGUGAACUUAUCGAAGAAAUCCGUGUACAAACAACGCAACGCUCGUCAGCACCACCGAUUCGCUCAUUCAGUAAUCUGAAUGAUGUUCUCAAUUGGAUCGAUCACAAUCACACACGUUCGAAUGAUUUGGAUACACACAAUCGGAAUGAUAUUUUUCGACAAAUGGUUUAUAUCGAAUGGUUAAAUACGGUGCAAUCAGUUGUUCGUCGACCAAAUGUCAAUGCUCAAAACUCAAAUUUAGCAUCAAUAAAUCGUACAACGAAUGCAUUAACAACGGCAUCAUGGUCGAAUCUAAUCCCAUUAGACUCAAUUCGUCAUCUGCUUAACCGUUACUUACGUCAAACAACAUCGGAGCUACGCGAAUCAACGAUUUAUUCACAAUCAACGCGUCAAACAGUUGCAUUUCGUAAAUAUAUUUAUUUGAAUCGAUUAUAUGUGAACAGUCCGUUGGUGGGACACAAUCGUGCUACUCUCACUGUACGGGAAUGUUCGCCAACAUGGUACGCAUCCAAUCCUGCGUGUCUCCAUCGACUUGUUCCAUUCUUAGCAAGAGAACUAUUCGCUUUAUUAUGGAAUGACGAAGCCACUAUUGAAGUUAUCAUUCAAGAGAUUCUAACAGCCAUUCAAACCCAUGAAAUACGCUCAAGUUUUCUCACGCGAAAACUAAAUACAUAUCUUCGACGUUAUACCAAACAUUUUAUACAUGAGUUUUACACAUUUGCUCGCUGUCCUUAUGACUUAGCUGGGUUUGAUCGUCAUGCUCAAUAUCCAGCAAUGAAUACAGCGCCGGUUGCCAGACCGCCAAUACAAAUUUCAUUGGAUGACGAUCAUGAUGAUGGAAAUGAACAAACACCAAUUGUACUCGAUGAAAAUUCCGACAUGUCAAUUGAUUUGUCUGAUAGUACAUCACAUUCAUCUGAAUCAUCGUUAUCAACGAUGACGAUAGAAUCCGAACGGCAAUCGACAUCAUCAGAAUGUGAAAUAGUGGAAUAUGUGGAGCCAACACGUGAACGAACUCCGACUUUAAUUGUUUUGUCUGAAGAUGAAGAUCAUGUAGAUAAUCCUGAUACUGUACAGAGUCACGCAGCAGCAUCUACAAAACGAAAACAUCGCCAUCAUCGCCAUUCUCACAAAAGAUCUCGACAGCAACAAUUAACAACUUCAGUCGCCGAUCCAACUUCUCCAAUUAGUGUCAUUUUGGAUGAUGACGAUGAUAAUGACGAAGAUUCACAACAAGAUAUUUCUAACCAAGAACAAUUACAACAACAGCAACAAGAGGACAAUGAUUGCUAA